GUUUUUUCGGAUUCUUGUGAUCUUAUUGAUUUGUUCCGCAUCAUACCAAAUAUUUAUCAAAAAUUUAUUCAGCCAAUAAAUGAGGGAGGAGUAUCAAUGAAUGAUUAUUCACUCUUAUUCGACGAAUUAAAACCGCAUUUAGAAUCUGCAUUGGAUAACUUAUAUUCACAAAACAUAACACCGUUAAUAGAAAACCAAAUACCUACAUGGUCAUUAUAUUUGUUAAUUGCUGCAUUUCUUGCAUCUUAUAUUCCACAAAGUCUUGAUAAACGUCUUUUCUCAAGAGAAUAUGAAAAACGCAAACAUACUCGAAAGGGAAGGAAAAAAGUAUCUAAUGCAUUAAAGUUCAAUGAACAAUUCACAGGACCUCAAGCAAGCGAAAUGGAACGUAUUUUCGCUAUAUUUCAAAGCAUUCAUCAAGAAUCGGUUGUCCCUUAUAUACUACUUUUACAACAGACUGAGACAUUUGUUGCUUCUCGCGUUUUUACUCGUACAACUCCAGUAGAUCGUAAAGAUGUGCAAUCGUUUAGAUGUAAUCUUAGUUUUAAUUAUAUUAAACAAAUUUCUAGAUUUGUAAAUUUUGAUAUCCUUAGAUAUUUAGAUGAUACUUUAUAA